CGGCUAGCAAGGAUGACGAAAAUGGCGGACGGCGGAUCAUCGGUCGAAAUUGUCGAGGGUUGUCGCCUUCCCGUUCUUCGUAAGAACCAGGAACACGAAGACGAGUGGCGAAGAGAGACGAGUGCACAUCAAAAAAUGGAUGGCAUCAAAAGAAAAGACCAUUAUGUGGAAAUACCAAAGCAACAUCUCUAGACAGAGCCAGGAAGUUGAAAGCUAGGGCGCAAAUGGGUCUUGUACACACUGUGUAUUUUAUUUAAACUUCUCUCUCGUUGUCUAGCAUUGGCUGAGAUUUUAAGUGUGAAAGAAGUGUCGGGAAGAAAGCUCUACUAUGUUCACUACAUUGACUUCAAUAAACGUCUGGAUGAGUGGGUCACAGCAGACAGGCUGGACAUGAAGAAACUCCAGUUUCCAAAAAAGGAAGCUAAAACUCCAACUAAGAAUGGGCUUCCAGGCUCCCGGCCCAGUUCACCUGAAUUGAGGAAGAGUCUAGAUCUCAACCUACAAUCUGCCACAGCUCCUUCCAGAGGCAAAACCCUCCCCACUCCGAAGAGAAAAGUGGAGCCGGUCCCUCUGGUACCGCAGGUGCCGCCUGCCCCCCCUGUGCCCUCCCUGCCAGCUUCAACUGAGGCUUCUCCGGCAGCUGUUUACCCCGCUGUGAGAGAGACCAACACCUUCAAGACCCGAGAAGACCAUGACCAGAUAUCUUCCCUCACGACAAAUGGCACUGCUCGAAGGCUCAUCCCCUCUCAACCCGGCAGGAAAAGGAAAGCCAAUUGUGGACCCACAGAUGAGAUGAUAAAGGUUUUGCAGUAUAACAAGCCUCAAAGUGCCAGUGUCUUUCUACCACCGCCAGAGGAUUCACAGGACAGUUCUGAUGGCAUCCCUUCUGCACCCCGUAUGACAGGCAGUCUGGUGUCGGAUCGCAGCCACGACGACAUCGUCACCCGAAUGAAAAACAUUGAGUGUAUAGAACUCGGUCGUCACCGGCUGAAGCCGUGGUACUUUUCUCCAUACCCACAGGAACUUACGUCACUGCCCAUUCUCUACCUCUGUGAAUUCUGCCUCAAGUACCUCAAAAGUCUAAAGUGUCUCCAGAGACAUUUGACAAAAUGUAACCUCAGACAUCCUCCAGGCAACGAGAUCUACCGCAAAGGGACCAUCUCAUUCUUUGAGAUUGAUGGCAGAAAAAAUAAAAAUUAUUCCCAGAACUUGUGUUUACUUGCGAAGUGUUUCCUGGACCACAAAACAUUGUACUACGACACAGACCCUUUCCUGUUCUAUGUAAUGACAGAAUAUGACUCCAAAGGCUUCCAUAUAGUUGGAUACUUCUCAAAGGAAAAAGAGUCAACUGAGGAUUAUAAUGUGGCUUGUAUCCUGACAUUGCCUCCUUAUCAGCGGAGAGGUUAUGGGAAACUGCUCAUCGAGUUUAGUUACGAGCUGUCCAAGGUUGAGGGAAAGACGGGCACGCCAGAGAAGCCCCUCUCGGACCUCGGCCUGUUGUCUUAUCGCUCCUACUGGUCACAGACCAUUUUGGAGAUUCUCAUGGACCUGAAACCUGACAAUGGCGAGAGGCCCCAGAUUACCAUCAAUGAGAUCAGUGAGAUCACAAGUGUUAAGAAAGAAGAUGUUAUUUCAACACUGCAGUACCUCAAUCUGAUCAACUAUUAUAAGGGCCAGUACAUCCUGACACUGUCAGAGGACAUUGUGGAUGGACACGAAAGAGCCAUGCAGAAGAGACACACCCGUAUAGAUCCAAAAUGUCUUCAUUUCACACCCAAGGACUGGAGCAAGAGGGGCAAGUGGUAAAUUCUCUCCAUUUGGAGAGAAGAUGUCGAGCUGGGAUCAAAGUGGACAAGAGAGGACAAGUUGAAAAUAUACCUGCAUAGGUUUUUAUUGUGACUGUUCUAUACUGUAUAAUGGGAAUCUAAAAUGUAGAGACAUGAACAAUGACUUCUGCAAAACCUUCAAAACUCCCUCUGCUGUGUACAUACCUUCACCAAACUAAGAAGUGUCUACAAUUCAUACACAGUGUGAAAUAAUGUACUGUACAUCAAAUUACAAACUUGCUCAGUAUCUAAUGUGAGGGAAGUUCUGGAUACGAAUUUUUGAAAUGACUUUCAUGAAUGGAAUGAAUUUCUUAGUGGGGCAGCAGCAUCCAUACCACCUGACCUCCUUCUAAAAGGAAAUCCAUGCAUUUUGUGAGCUGCUUAUUCUCAUGAAGGUCACAAGAGUCAAUCCCAGCUGUCAUCAGGCAGGAGGCAGGGUAGAUCCUGAACUGGUUGCCAGCCAAUCGCAGAGCACAUGGAGACAGACAACAGUCACACUCACAGCCACACCUAUGGACAAGUUAGAGUGUGCAAUUAAUGCAUGUUUUUAGGAUGUGGGAGGAAAUCACGCAAGCACUGGGAGAACAUGCUAACUCUACACAGGCAGAUUGGGAUUGAACCCGGGUCCUCAGAACUGUGAGGCCAACACUUUCCACCUGGUCUACUGUCCCGCCUCUAAAAAGAAAUGUUUUAACCAAUUGAAAAUUCAGCAUUCUUCUGAGGCUCAUUCCUUGAGUGUGCAACAAAAUCAUGUGCCACAUUUCUCGAACUUUUCUCCAUGUGUUCAGCCUUCAAAUCAUCUCGGCACCUUAUGUUGUUUAGGAAUUCUUCAGGCAUAUUUGUUCUUGAAUUCCCACUUAUGAUGGCUAUUUUAGAUGUCUCAGAAGUUAAGAAAUUAUUUGCUGGAGGCUGUCUCAACUGUACAUAUACAGUGAAGAAAAUAAGUAUUUGAACACCCUGCUAUAUUGCAAGUUCUCCCACUUGGAAAUCAUGGAAGGGUCUGAAAUUUUCAUCGUAGGUGCCUGUCCACUCUGAGAGAGAGAAUCUAAAAAGAAAAAUCCAGAAAUCACAAUGUAUGAUUUUUUUUUUUUUUUUUUUUUUUUUAAUUAUUCAUUUGUGUGAUACAGCUGCAAAUAGGUAUUGGAGCACCCGAGAAACCCAAUGUUAAUAUUUGGUACAGUAGCUUUUAUUUGCAAUUACAGAGGUCAAACAUUUCCUGUAGUUGUUCACCAGGUUUGCACACUGGAGGAGGGAUUUUGGUCCACUCCUCCACACAGAUCUUCUCUAGAUCAGACAGGUUUCUGGGCUGUCGCUGAGAAAUGCAGAGUUUCAGCUCCCUCCAAAGAUUUGAUAUUGGGUUUAUGUCAGGAGACUGGCUAAGCCACGGCAGAAUCUUGAUAUGCUUUUUACGAAGCCACUCCUUGGUUUUCCCGGCUGUGUGCUUCGGGUCAUUGCCAUGUUGAAAGACCCAGCCACGACCCAUCUUCAAUGCUCGGACUGAGGGAAAGAGGGUGUUCCCCAAAAUUUCACAAUACAUGGCCGCAGUCAUCCUCUCCUUCAUACAUACCAGUCGUCUUGUCCCAUGUGCAGAAAAACAACCCCAAAGCAUGAUGCCUCCAUGCUUUACAGUAGGGAUAGUGUUUUUGGGAUGGAACUCAUCAUUCGUUUUCCUCCAAACACGGUAAGUGGAGUUGUAACCAAAAAGUCCCAUUUUGGUCUCAUGUGACCACAAAACCUUCUCCCAUGACUCCUCUGUAUCAUCCAAAUGGUCAUUGGCAAACUUAAGACGGGCCUUGACAUGUGUUGGUUGAAGCAGGGGAAGCUUCCGUGCCAUGCAUGAUUUCAAACCAUGACCUUUUCGUGUAUUACCAAGAGUCACCUUGGAAACGGUGGUCCCAGCUCUUUUCAGGUCAUUGACCAAGUCCUGUCGCGUAGUCCUGGGCUGAUUCCUCACCUUUUUAAGGAUCAUUGAGACCCCACAAGGUGAUAUCUUGCAUGGGGCUCGACUCCGAUUGAGAUUGACUGUCAUGUUUAGCUUCUUCCACUUUCUAAUUACUGCUCCAACAGUGGACCUUUUUUCACCAAGCUGGCAAUUUCUCCAUAGCCCUUUCCAGCCGUGUGCAGUUGUACAAUUUUGUCUCCGGUUUCUUUGGACAGCUCUUUGGUCUUGGCCAUGUUACAAGUUUGAGUCUUACUGGUGCACAGGUGUCUUAUGCAGCUACCAACCUCCCACACAGGUGCAUCUGAUUCAGGAUACAUGGAGUGGAGGUGGACUUUUUAAGGCGGACUAACAGGUCUUUGAGGGUUCGGAUUCUAGCUGAUAGACAGGUGUUCAAAUACUUAUUUGCAGCUGUAUCACACCAAUAAAUAGGUAGAAAAAUCAUACAUUGUGAUUUCUGGAUUUUUCUUUUUAGAUUCUCUCUCACAGUGGACAUGCAUCUUCGAUGAAAAUUUAAGACCCCUCCAUGAUUUCUAAAUGGGAGAACUUGCAAUAUAGCAGGGUGUUCAAAUACUUGUUUUCUUCACUGUACUUAAAGCAAAUAUAAUUUUGUGAAUUUUAAAGCACCCGUAUCGUCAAUAUUUUAUACUUCCAUAGUGGUAAAACAAUCACAUUUCCUUACAUUAAGAGUUUUAUGCAUCCCUUAUGGUGGUUAUUUCCAUCUUGAUCCAUUAUCAUUCGUUUUCAAUAUACAAUGGGAAAUAACUUCCAUGUUUUGUAACUCCAUACGAGAUUUGAUUGUAUACCUAACAAGCCAUUUGAACUGUAAAAAGUCAUGUACAUUUGUGUACAGUUGUGUGGUUGUUUUUUUGUUUUUGUUUGUUUUUUUAAGUAAACCAACUGCGCACUAGGAGAAGAGACGUGAUCUAUUAGUGUGUGAUUUAUGCCUGUCUGAAAAGUUGUUGCGUUUGCUCUUGAAACCGUGUCAGUAUAUCCCAGCGGAACAGUUUAUCAAUUGUUUCAUGGGGUUUCAAAAACGAGUUGAAAGUCUGGUUUAACGUACUUUUCCAUUUCAAUUUUACUUUAGU